AAUUCAUGCACACAAACAAUACACAAAACCAUAAAAAAACAUACCAAUGCUUUCCAUCACAUUACCACAACCACUCACAAUUCACUACCCAAAACAAACCAAGAAAAAAACACCAAUCCAAGUUCAUGCAAAAAAAACCAUAACAACUCACCAUCCUCACAAACCACAACCUUCUUCAUUAACAACACAACCAUCACCUCCUUCCACCACCACCACUUUCAUGGCCACAACAACCCUAAUAAUAAACUCUAAAACAACCACCAUCACCAUCCUAUGCACCUCAGUUACACUCCUUAUAUUCCUAUGCUAUAAAACAAUAACCCGGUGGCUUCGCCGGAGAUGCCUAUCUCUCCCACCGGGCCCUGCCGGAGUUCCAAUCUUCGGCAACCUUCUAACUCUCAACCCUGAGCUACACACUCACUUUGCCACCUUGGCAAAAACCCAUGGCCCUAUCUUUACCAUCAAGCUCGGAAACCGCCUUGCCAUAGUAAUCAGUGGGGUGGAUAUGGCCAAAGAGGUUCUCCGGUUGCAAGAUGACAACUUCGCCAACAGAAUAAUCCCGGCCGCAGCCAAGACAAUGGAGUAUAUAAAAUCAAACAUAGUUUCAUCUCCCAACGGCCCUACACUGCGUUUACUACGUAAAAUAUGUGUCAGAGAGAUGCUCGGAAAGGCAAGCCUUGACCGGGUUUACUGGUUACGCCAGCGAGAGAUGAAGUCACUGCUAAUACAUUUGGAAGAGAUGGCCGGAGAAGCAGUGGAUGUAGGGGCACAGAUGUUCUUGAUGGUGAUGAAUGUGAUAACAAGUAUGUUGUGGGGAGGGGUUGUGGAAGGGGAGGAGAAAAGGAAGGAGGUGGGGAAAGAGUUCAGGGAGGUGGUAGGGGACAUAACAGAGAUGUUAGGGAAGCCAAACUUGUCUGAUUUUUUUCCGAGGUUGGAGAGGUUUGAUGUGCAAGGGAUACAGAGGAAAAUGAAGGAGAAGUUGGUAAGGUUGGAUGGGAUAUUUGAGAGGAUUAUAGAGGAGAGGAAAAAGAAUGGUGGAGAUGGGUGUGAGGAUAAGGAUUUCCUAGGGUUUAUGCUAAGGAUGGAGAAGGAUGGGGGUGGUGAUGAUAAUAGUAAGAGUGGUGCCACUACUCCCUUUACUAUUAACCAUGUCAAGGCUCUUCUCAUGGACAUGGUGGUUGGAGGAACAGAGACAACAUCAAACACAGUAGAAUGGGCAAUGGCAGAGCUGAUUCAAAAGCCAGAGAUGAUGAAAAAAGCACAACAAGAAUUAGAACAAGUAGUAGGGAAGGACAAUAUGGUUGAAGAGUCUCACCUUCCAAAACUCACAUACUUGGGAGCUGUCAUCAAAGAAGUACUUAGACUCCACCCUGCACUCCCUCUCCUUGUCCCUCAUUGUCCAAACUCCACAUGCACCAUCAAUGGCUACACUAUACCUCAAGGAAGUCAGGUCUUUGUCAAUGUGUGGGCUAUUCACAGAGACCCUGCAAUAUGGGAAAAUCCAUUGGAGUUCAAGCCAGAGAGGUUUCUUGGUAUUGAUGGCAGUAAAUGGGAUUUUACCGGGAAUGAUUUCAGGUACUUCCCAUUCGGGUCAGGGAGGCGGAUAUGUGCAGGGAUUCCGAUGGCUGAGCGGAUAGUUGGAUAUGCAUUGGCUUCGUUGCUGCAUUCUUUCGAUUGGAAUCUACCAGAGGGAACCAAGCUCGACCUUUCUGAGAGGUUUGGGAUUGUUCUCAAAAAGGCCACACCGCUUGUCGCUGUACCAACUCCGAAGCUUUCCCAUGAGGUCCUUGCUUCCUGACCGAUUGCUCUUUUCAUACUGAGUUAAAAGAGUGUAUUAGAGAAUUCAUGAUUAAAAAUAUCUGGAUCAUUUGUAGCCCCAUUUAUGUGUCAACAAAAGUAACAACAUAAUUACCUUUUUAAUGA